AUGACGCUGCAAGACUACCAGCGUAGUCGUAUGCUAGACGCCAUGAAACAUUCAUCCGAUCCAGCCAAAGAUUUUGCUGAAGCGACGAUGCAUAAUGGAAAUAACGAUGAUCAGCCCAUUCCUACAACGCAUGACGAUGAACAAGAAGCGAUUCGUGCCGAGUUCCUCCGUGCAGCGCAAGACUCAGAAGGCCAGGAUGACUUGUUCCAAGUACGAAAAGCCGAAGGUGGGGAUGAAAGCACGUAUCAUUCUACUCUAAUGGGUGCUCUUGGUAAAGAUGCAAGUGAAGAUAAGAUCCGCGAACUAUUACGAGAUCACACACAUGACGAGUCGCGCUCGAAAGAAAACGAAGACUUUUUAAUGAACUACAUUUUGAACAGGGGCUGGGUCGAAAGUGAUAUUCCGUCUUCCACCUCCGAACCAGUUCGCAAUUGGGAUGCUGAGGCGGAAGAUCUUGACUCGGAGGCAUCGUUCGAUUCGGCUGCCGAGGCGUUCGAGCAUGCUUAUAACUUCCGCUUUGAGGAUCCCUCGCUUGCGCAGAAAUCAUUUGCAAUUGAAAGCUUCCCGAGGCACUCAGAAGAUUCAAUCCGACGUCCUGAUGAUAGACGUAAGAAAGCUCGUCAUGAUCGUGCAGCUCGCAAGAAAGAGGAGAAAGAUUCAAAAAUGCGAGAACUCAAUCAGCUGAAAGCUUUAAAGCGUCAGGAAAUUGCCGAAAAGCUUAAGAAGCUUCGUGAAGUUUCUGGUAGCGAUAACCGUAUGGAUGGUCAUGCGUUUGAUGGCAUUGAUUUUGAUGCGGACUUUGAUCCGGCUGAACAUGAUCGUUUGAUGCAAUCUCAAUUUGAUGAUGAGUAUUAUGCUAUGGAAGACAGGGAAAAACCUCGCUGGGAUGGAGAUUGGGAAAUCGAUGACAUUAUUUCUUCUGAAACCAAGCCAGAAAAGAAAAAGAAGCAAAAGCCUGCCUCAGAAGAAGGCAUGGAUGCCGAUUUCGUUGAUAAUCAAGAUGCAAAGCUUUCGAAGAAGGAGCGCAAAGCAUUAAAAAAGAAGGAAAAGAAAGCGGCUAAAAACAAAGGAAAACAAGAACAUGAAGUUGAUGCUGAUGAUAUGGAUGCUGACAAGACUGAAAGCCAGAUAACUGAGACUGACCGGAAACAGAAGGCGCGUGACCUGAUGGACGAGUACUACAAUCUAGGCUAUGAAGAUAUGAUUGGCGACACACCCACCCGCUUCAAAUAUGCUUCUGUACCUAAAGAUAAUUACGGACUCAGCGCGGUUGAGAUUCUUUUGGCUGACGAUGCCGACUUGAACAAUGUUGUGGGUUUGAAACAUUUGCAGCCAUACCGGCGCGGCCCGUCCAAGCCAUCGAAUCUGAAAAAACGUUUGAAGCGUUUCCGUGAGGAUUUGGACGCACGUGAACAACCGGUGGAGCAAGAAGAACGUCCAAAGAAGAAGCGCCUCGGCAAGAAAGAACGUCAGAAGCUCAAGACACAAGAUUCCACUCUAUAG